UUUAUAAAAAGGGCAUGCUUGGAUAGCAUGUCUGGAGCUACAUGCAACAGCUUCACAAUGCUUGCCUUUUGGAGCCUUGCACUUUUACUGAUCAGUGUGGCAAGAGGAAAAGAAGUCUGUUAUGAUCGACUGGGCUGCUUUACAGACGACAUACCAUGGGCUGGUACUACAGAAAGGCCCAUUUCAAAAUUGCCCUGGUCACCAGAGAAAAUAAACACUCGCUUCCUUCUCUAUACUAAAAAGAACCCUGAUAACUUCCAGGAAAUCACUGCAAUUAAUCCAGAGACUAUUGGUUACUCAAACUUUGAUGCUAACAAGACAACUCGUUUUAUUACCCAUGGAUUUGUAGAUCAAGGUGAAGAAAACUGGCUUUCGGACAUGUGCAGGAGAAUGUUUCAGGUGGAAGAUGUGAACUGCAUCUGCAUUGACUGGAGCAAAGGUUCCCGGUGUGCCUACACCCAAGCUUCAAACAAUAUCCGUGUGGUCGGAGCUGAAGUGGCUUAUUUUAUAAACGUCCUUGUGGCAGAUUAUGGAUACACUCCAUCCAAGGUUCAUUUCAUUGGUCACAGCCUUGGGGCACAUGCAGCGGCCGAAAUGGCACAAAGAAUACCAGGAAUUAAAAGAAUAACUGGAAUAGACCCGGCUCAACCUUAUUUCGAAGGCACACCAGUUGAGAUCAGAUUGGAUAAAAGCGAUGCUGAAUUUGUUGAUGUUAUUCAUACAGAUUCUGCUCCUACCAUCCCAUAUUUGGGCUUUGGAAUGAGAGCAGCUGUGGGACACCUUGAUUUUUAUCCAAAUGGAGGAGAACAUAUGCCAGGAUGCAAGAAGAAUGCACUGUCACAAAUAGUGGACCUUGAUGGGAUCUGGGAAGGAACCCGUGACUUUGUGGCCUGCAACCAUCUGAGGGGUUACAAGUACUAUUCAGACAGCAUUCUCUAUCCAGAUGGGUUCUUAGGUUACCCCUGUGCUGCAUACAACCUAUUUGAAACAAGCUGCUUCCCGUGUCCUGCACGUGGAUGCCCUAAAAUGGGUCACUAUGCUGACCAAUAUAAAGACCAAAUCAGCUCCACUUCUGGAUUUACAAAGCUUUAUUUGAAUACUGGGGAUGCAAAGAUUUUUGCCCGAUGGAGAUAUAAAGUGUCAGUCACGCUGUCUGGAAAGAGCAGUGUCCGUGGAUACGUAAAUAUUGCUCUGUAUGGAACGGGUGGGAAUACAAAGCAACACCAAAUUUUCCAGGGCCAUCUUCAGCCAGGUUCUACACAUACCGUUUUCAUUGAUUCAGAAAUCAAAGUUGGAACAGUAACUACAGUUAAAUUUCUGUGGAACAAUAAUGUCAUAAACCCAACCUUCCCCAAAAUGGGAGCUGAAAAAAUUCUGGUGGAAGAUGGAGAAAAUGGACAAGUGUACAAUUUUUGUGGCAGUGACACUGUGAGAGAAGAUGUUCUGCAAACAUUGACGCCAUGCUGAUGUGUAUAAGAUACACAAAUCUUUAUCCUGAUCUUAAUUAAAAAGACAGUUCCUGGCA